AUCAGCAGAGGUCGCAUGGCAUCGAGGAGGCAGCGGAGCAGCCCGAGCGCAACUCCGGGAGCGCGCGCGGACGAGCACUGCUACGCGCCCAGCUGAGGGACGGUCGAGGUUCCACGAGCAAAAGAAUUGGGGGGAGAAAAAAAACAAAAAAAAAAACAAAAACAGCGUAUCAAUCUCCAAACCGAGCUCCACGAUGAACGUGCGAGUUGAAUACUAGCAGAACAAAAAAAAAGUUCAUCUUUCAGUGCAGACAACUUGCGUUAGUUGCUACUGGGUCGCGCACGUGCAUUACACACAUUUUUUUCCUUGCUGAUAUUUUUGCGUACUUUUUUUUUUUUCCGUGUUUUCCCUUUUUGAAAACCAUGUAAAAAGAGUGCGCUGCCGAGCAUCUUCUCCGCGCACAAAACAGAGCCAGUGGUGUCGGUGCUGAAGUUCGACCGCGAACGGAUGUGAGGAAAGGGUGCAUCGUGAGACUCAACCCCCUUUCUUUCUUUCUAUCCUUCUGUUUCUUUUCUUUUUUGUCGGUUUAAACAAUAGAGAGAGCGAGCCACACACUCGCACGCGUACACAUACACACGCAUAGGCGCGCACACACACGGAAUCCGCGUUCAUGCCGUCAGUCUUGCGGACUCUGAGAUGGACGUGAGGUUUUAUCCCCCUUCCAGCGUGGGUACCGUGGGUUCAUGUUCACUGCCAGCCGACCCGAGUUGCCUCAGCUCUUUGGACUAUUACCACUGCAACAAGAGCAGACACAGUGCAGGCGAGCACGGUGUUAGGCGAGGUGUUAGGCUCUUCAGCACACUGCCGAUGUGCCCCAACCCUGACGGGAAAAGGCUGCCCUCUGCUGGGUUUGAUGGUGACAACAUGUACAUGAAUGAAAAUAACCAGGAGUUUAUUUCUCCAAAUCAGAAUUAUGCUGGUCAGGGUGGGGGAAGUGGUGGCGGCGACGAGGACUACGAGAUUCCUCCCAUCACUCCUCCUAACCACCCGGAUCCCUCCCUGCUACACCUGAUGGAUGCUGAGUCAGGCUACUUCUGCCACUCCUUGCCCCACAAUGGGCUGAUCAAUCCAUACAGCUACCCGGAGCUGCCCGCCAUCAUGAUGUCUAACAUGCUGGCUCAAGAUGGACAUCUGCUCUCCAGCCAAAUGCCUUCUAUCCAGGAGAUGGCUCACCUAGAUGGCUCACAUUAUGACGCCGCCCACCACAGCCCCCUGAUAAACAGGUCACCUAGGAUACUGACCCAUCACAUAAGUGCACUGUCCCAGAUGAACUCACAGGUUGGCCUGCGAAGUGCCCUUACCCAUGGUUCCCCCUCACCUCCGGGAAGUAAAUCAGCCACGCCCUCUCCCUCCAGCUCCGCCCAGGAAGAGGAAACCGAUUCCCACUCAAAGACCACGGGCGAGAAGCGGCCCUCGUCAGAGAUGCUCAAGAAGCCCAAGCCGCAGAAGAAGAAGAAGAAGAAGGACCCCAAUGAGCCGCAGAAACCCGUGUCAGCCUACGCGCUCUUCUUCAGGGACACGCAGGCUGCCAUCAAGGGCCAGAACCCCAAUGCCACCUUCGGAGAUGUCUCCAAGAUUGUGGCAUCCAUGUGGGACAGCCUGGGAGAAGAGCAGAAACAGGGCUACAAGAAGAAAACAGAGGCUGCCAAGAAGGAGUACCUGAAGGCCUUGGCCGCAUACAGAGCCAGUCUCGUUUCCAAGAACUAUAAUGACCCAGCAGAAUCGAAAAGUGCCCAAACAAGCCAGCCCUCUCACAUGAUGCCCCCCAAGCAGCCCCUUUACAGUGUGCCGCCCCAGCCCUCCUCCCCGUACCUGGGCCCGGGCUCCUUCCCCCUGCCCGACCUGCAGAGCUAUGGCGGACCCCCGCACCACGGCCUCAGCCAGACUCAGAUCCUGUCCGGCAUGAGCGCGUCUCCCCCAUCCUCCUUCCAGAUCAGCCCGCCCCUGCACCAACAGCUCUCGCUGCACCAGAGCUCCAUCCUCAACCAGCCAAUCCGCAUGCAGCAGGUUCAGUCGCAGCCAAUCAUCUCCCACCAAAUGGGGCUUCAGUCUUCUCUCCACUCACCUCCUCCUGGCCAGCAGGGGUUCCCUCACAUCCAGUCAGAGUAUCAGAACAGUGUUGGAUCCCAGUCCCCUCCGGUGGGAGGACAGAAUGCCGAGUGGGACAGCGAGUACUGCAAUAGGGAGUGUGGAGGCAACCUCUGCAGUAGCAUGAUAGCCAGGGACAAGCCUCUCUACCUCACUUGAAGCUGGAGGACUUUGAACAGAAAAGACGCCAGGGAGACCCCCCCCACCCCCCACCCCCGACUCCCCCUCCACUCGAACCACCUCCCUCACCGCUCCAACCGUUUUCCCAGCCCCCACGCACCCUUUCACCCAAUAACUUCUAUUUUUGUCAGUUUUGUUUGUUUUUAGAAGGAUUUCAUGCAAGUCCUGAAGACUACUAGUGAGCCUUUU